AUGCCUAGUAUUACUGUUAAUGUCAAAAGGAUGGAACUUGAAGAGGUGCAUUCUGAUCUGUGUUCCUUAAGAAAAUUAUAUGGGCUCCUACAGGGUAGUCAAGCCGAUCUGCAAAUGUCAGGCUUUUUGGAUGAGAGAGCACGAGGGCUUCUGAAGAAUCUGCUAGAUGCUGCUACAGAGAAGGCUUUAUUGGCUUAUUCAAAGAUCAUAGCGGCAGCACAAUCAGGUGUGUCUAACAUACCCUACUCUUCUCGAUCAGUGCAGCCCAAGACCGUGCCAUAUUUGGAAUCUCCUGUUUCAGCCAAUGCAGUGAAGGCUUCUCCAAGUACCAUUCAGAGUUCAAAUGCUAAUACAAAUUUUUGUGCAAACAAUUCAUGGAAAGAUGAGCAAUCACUUAUUAAGCCAACACCUCAGGAUGCAGGGUCAGAGCAUUCCAAAUUCAGUGUCUCAUUAAACAAACCUGAAAGUAGAAAAAAACUCUGUCGAGUUUGUAAGCAAAACAGCGUGAAGCUGCAGAAAUUGGCCAAGAAUUUGAACGAAGAUGGUAAUUAUAGAGAUCCGGAACAUGUCGAGGCUCAUUGGAUUAAUGGGAAUGCAAAAGGAUCGCUCGAGCUAAAAUUGAAGGGUCUCAAAUCAGCAGUGACUAGUAGUGAAGAGCCAAGACAGAGAAGAAAUUGUGAAAUUCAAUGUCAACCAAGUGUUCCUAGUUCCACUUUUUGUGCCUCAAGUUCGCCGGGUACUAGGUUUGUUAAACUAGGAUCUGAACUUCUAUCUGGUCACAUUGAUAAGCAUCGAGAGGAUGCAGAGAGUAAUUCCUCUAAGAAAGUUGCAAAAGCUAUGAAAUCUAGUGAAUCUGGAAUGUCCUCGUCAUCGUUGCAGCUUUAUGGUGAGAAUGUGGAUUCACUUAAAGCUAACAAAGCAGCUUUCGACCAUAAUUUGUCCAAAGAGGAUAACUCAAUAAGAACUAAAAUGCAAUCGAUACAAGGGGAUGGUUCGGCUGCAAUGGGUGAAAUGAGUCCUGCCAAGAGACAAAAUGUGGAUAGUUCAGUUGCAGUGAGCGAAAACCAUGCAAAGAGACAGUAUGUGAGAGAAAUUGUUGAGAGAAUUGAGUCACUCAAUCGAGCUUCAAGUCAGAAGAACUAUCAAACACGUCAGUCUGUUCAUGGGUUGCAGGUUUCCCCGCGUCACAACGAUGUAGUCAAGGAGUCCUCAAAGCAUGGUAUGAAGGUUCGGCAAGGCCCUCCAUUUCGGAAUCCAGUGGCUCGGCUGGAGGAAAAAUCCAGGCCAUCUGUAACAUCAAUACCUCUGUCUGCAGGGUUAAAGGUGCCAACUCACAAAAGAAACCCGUCACCUCAGACAUUUAUAAGGCCAACACUGCUAGAUUAUGGUGAUCGUCACAAGAGAAGCACCCCAAAGAGAUCUUAUGUGGGCUCACAAGAAGAUUCAGAUGAGGCAACCAGCUCAAGUUCAAACCAUCGCUCGCCGGAACUGUCAGACGAGCCAGCCAGCUCAAGCUCUAACCCUCACUCACCAGAACUGUCAGAUACCACAGCUAGCUCAAGCUAUAAUUCCCGUUCACCAGAAGAGUCAUAUGAGACAGCCAGCUCAAGCUCUAGUACUCCUCACUCUUCUUACAGCUGGACAAGUCAGCAGCAGACACCAGGCAGCAGCAGAGGUAGCGAUGAGGGUUCUGAAGAUUACUAUGAGCGUGGAGAUCCUCCACCGAGAGUAAUGGGUCGUAGUAGAAGAUACCGAUCACCGAGCCCUAUGAAGAAAGCAACUGGAGGUUUUAGAGGGCUAAAAAACAAGCUGGGGCUCAUUUUCCACCACCAUCACCACCACCACCACCACCAUCAUCAUGAUGACAAAGGUAGUGAGAAGGCACCCACCAGAUCCAUGUGGAAGAACUUGCACAAAAUGUUCCAACACAAAGACUUGAAGCACGGUAAGGCCUAUCAGAAAAAAGCAGUUGAGAAGUUCAGAAAAGCUGUAGUGGUAAGUAACAAGAAGCAGAAGGCUGGACAUUUUCAUGCAUUGGUUAAAGGGUUGAUGAAGCAUGCUAGAAAGUCAAAGAAAAAGAAACCAAAGCCUUCCAAAGGUGGGAUCGGACGACAAAUAGGACAUGCGAAAAAUGGCCGUGAUAAUAAUAAGCAUUGGUGGAAAAUGUUUCAUCGCCAUCGACGAGGAGUAAAGCUACCGAAUAGAGGGCGUGUUAAGCUUGGAAUUCCCUGCAGAAAGAACAAGAAACCCCGGCUAAAAGCCCUGAAAUAA